AACUUUUAGUUUGAGUUUCUCUACUUUCUGGUUUGAGAGAUCUGAGCACGUGAAGUUGGGGAGGUGGUGUGGAUGGGAAACCAUUAUUGAAAGGGAAGUCUUCUCACAUAUCAUGUGGAAGACUUGAACUCUUAUUAAUUAAAUGUGGAUGUAGAACUGUAGAAGUAACUGUAACUGUAAAUACAUGAUACAAGAGUUGACUGCAUGAUGUGGUAGUGGUAGCAUAGAAAACAUAUGCUGGAGAAAUAUGGAACAUUUGAUGGAGACUACAGUUGGUUUUUUUGACACUGUAUGAGGUGAUGUCAAGUUAAACAACUCCACAGAGUUGGUGGGUCUCCUGGUUUUGUUCAUCAAGAGAGACAGGAAAAUUAGGAAGUCAAAGUCUUGGCUUUCUUCUCUUUUUCCCCCUCUGAGAGAGAAGUUGAAAUGAGAAGCUUGGUUGAGGGAAUGAUAUGAAGGGGGAGGAGAAGAAGAGGAUGGGAAUGAGUUUGAAGAGCAAAGGUGGAGGAGGAGGAGGAGAGGUUAUUGGGAAGGGGAUGGUUACAAAGAAGUGGACUUUAUUGUUUUGUUUGGGGAGCUUCUGUGCUGGUCUUCUCUUCACUAAUAGAAUGUGGACAGUACCUGAAGCAAAAGAGAUCAUCAGGAGAACCGACGUCGGGGAAGACAAGAUAAAGCUUCUUGCAGGCGAUUGUGGCUCAAAAACUAUUGAUAGAAAGCGGCGGCCUAGAGAUGUUCUAGGGGAAGUUUCAAAGACGCACGACGUUAUACAGACACUAGAUAAGACAAUAUCGAACCUUGAAAUGGAAUUAGCUGCUGCAAGGGCUGCACAAGAAUCAAUACUUAGUGGCUCUCCCGUAUCAGAAAAUGUUAAGGUUACUGGAUCAAGUGGACGAAAAAAAUAUUUCAUGGUAGUAGGGAUAAACACUGCUUUUAGCAGUCGUAAGCGGAGAGAUUCAGUUCGUACUACUUGGAUGCCUCAAGGUGAGAAACGGGAGAAGCUGGAAAAAGAAAAGGGCAUUAUUAUUCGCUUUGUCAUCGGUCAUAGUGCGACAUCCGGUGGAAUUCUAGAUAAGGCAAUUGAAGCUGAGGACAGAAAACAUGGAGACUUCAUGAGACUGGAUCAUGUCGAAGGAUACCUCGAAUUGUCUGCCAAAACCAAGAUAUAUUUUGCUACUGCUGUCUCCAAAUGGGAUGCUGAAUUCUAUAUCAAGGUUGAUGAUGAUGUACAUGUAAAUAUAGCAACCCUUGGGACUACUUUGGCUAGGCAUCGUUCAAAGCGUCGAUUAUACAUUGGAUGUAUGAAGUCUGGUCCUGUCCUUGCACAGAAAGGCGUCAGAUAUCAUGAACCCGAAUACUGGAAAUUCGGGGAGGAAGGAAACAAGUAUUUUCGGCAUGCUACUGGUCAAUUAUACGCCAUCUCUAAAGAUUUGGCCUCAUAUAUUUCCAAUAACCAGCAUGUGCUACACAAAUAUGCCAAUGAGGAUGUUUCAUUGGGAGCUUGGUUUAUCGGAUUGGAUGUAGAACACAUCGAUGAUCGAAGAUUAUGUUGUGGUACUCCUCCCGACUGUGAGUGGAAAGCUCAAGCAGGCAACAUCUGUGUUGCUUCAUUUGAUUGGAGCUGCAGUGGAAUCUGCAAGUCCGCUGAAAGAAUAAGAUCAGUGCAUCAACGCUGCGGUGAAAGUGAAAAUGCUCUUUGGAAUGCAGUGUUCUGAUGAAACUCAACAACCAUUCAGUUGUAUUAAUACAAAAAAGAAAAAAGGUGUGUAGUAUAGAGUGUAUGUAUUUGGAUGAUAGAGAAUUAGAGAUUGAUUUCCUCUUAGGAGAGUAGAGGGACCUUUUCCAUUUUACUAGAAAAGAUCCCUGGAAGCUCAAAGGAAACAAGAGAAAUGGUAGAUGUUUUUGAACAGCAUUCUUUACCAGUUAUCAAUAAGACUAAUUUUCAUCCUAA